GAUUGGCGGAGGCGGGCUGGUUGUAAGAUGGCGGCUUAGUGAGACUCCGAGGGAGGAGGAAAAACAAAAAGGAGCCCGGGCCUCGGUGGGGGAGCUGAGCCGCGUGCCCUCACGUCGGGUCACCCGCCCAUUUGGCCGGCCGGUACCUCCAGCGCUGCCACCUGAGGAAUCCAGGGAAACUGUAACCAUGAAUAACUCAUUGGAUAACACUAUGUCAUUCGAGGAAUACAUUCGAUUGAAAGCACGUACUAUCCCCCAACAUCGAAUGAAAGAGUUCCUGGAAUCACUAGCUGCCAAAGGACCUGAAGCACUACAGGAAUUCCAGCAGGCCACCAUGACUGUGUACCAGCAGGGUGGCAACUGCAUCUAUACAGACAGCACUGAGGUGGCUGGCUCCCUGCUUGAGCUUGCGUGUCCUGUAACGUCAACUGUACAACAGCCAGAGCAUCAGAUCCAACAACAGGCACAGCAAAUCCAGGUACAGGUUCAGGUGCAGCAAUCACCGCAGCACGUCUCCACACAACAGCUGUCUCCCCAGCUCCAUCCAUCAUCUGAUCAGAUUCAGGUACAGGUACAGUCACAACCAGUUACUGCCCAACAGCAGCAGUCUUCACAGAUUCAGGCCAUGCAUAGCCCUACCACAGCUCAGCAGCUCCAGGCCACUCAGAUCUCUGUUCAGCACAUUCAGCCUUCCCAGCAAAUGCAAACCUCAGAAAUCUCCGACGAACACAUUCAGCACCAGCAUAUUCAAGCUCAGCUCGUCUCUGGCCAAACUCAACAAAUUCAGAUUCAAACAGUGAGCUCGCUUUCUCCCACUCAACAACAAGGAUCACCUCGUGAAGGGGAACGGCGGUCCAGUACAUCAAAUGUACUCCAGCCAGUCAAAAAGCGCAAGGUGGACAUGCCAAUCACUGUUUCGUACACUAUUACCGGGCAGCCUGUAGCCACGGUGCUAGCUAUUCCACAAGGACAGCAGCAAGGGUAUGUGUCUCUAAGACCUGACCUUUUGACAGUGGACAGUGGUCACCUGUACACAACAGCAGCUGGUACAAUUACCAGCCCUAGUGGGGAAACAUGGGCUAUCCCCGUUUAUUCUACACAACCUUGUACUGAUAUUCAGCAGCAAACUGCCACGCAUGUAACCAUCCCUCAGGAGGCCUACAAUGUCGUGCAAGUUGGCGGUUCACCUACGGCUGUAGCAGCUGUGAAGUUGGAGGAGGAUAAAGAUAAAUUGGUGACCUCUGGAUCUGUGAUGAAGAACUCUCAUGAGGAGGUGGUACAUACGCUGGCCAAUACCAUCUUUCCAGCACAGUUCAUGAAUGGCAACAUUCAUAUUCCAGUGGCAGUACAAGCAGUGGGAGGUCCAUACCAGGCACAGGCACAAUCGAUGCAGCUGUGGGAUCCCCAGCAGCAACAUCAGCCACAACAGCAACAACUACAGCCCCAAUCAGUGCAGGUGGCUGAGGUGGAAUCUCCACCUCCACCACCUCCAGAGGUGCUUCUCCCAAAUACCUUGAAACCUGAGGAAGGCCUUGGUGUCUGGAAAAGUUGGGCAGAGACCAAGAAUGCAGAGUUUGAGAAGGACUCGGAGAACAGGCCAGCUCCCAUUGGUAGACGUCAACCAUUACGCUUCCAGGAAGAUCUUCUGUCGUCAGCUGUAGCAGAACUGAAUUAUGGGCUGUGUCUUAUGCUAAAGGAAGCACGAAAUCCAGAGGGUGAGGCAUACAACCCUGACAUGGUGUACUACAUAUGUCUCUGCAUACAAAAGUACCUGUUUGAAAAUGGCAGGGUGGAUGAUAUAUUUUCAGAUAUCUACUAUACAAAGUUUACAGAGAAGCUACAGGAGGUGUUGAAAGAUUGGCAACCUCAGGUCAGCUCUUUGGGUUAUAUGAUCCCCAGCCACAUCACAGAGGAGAUGUUGUGGGAAUGCAAGCAACUUGGUGCUCAUUCACCUUCCACCCUUCUUACAACUCUCAUGUUUUUCAACACCAAGUACUUCCUGUUGAAGACUGUAGAACAACACACGAAACUGGCAUUCUCAAAAGUGGUGCGACAAACAAAGAAAAACCCUCUGAAUCCCAAGGAUAAAAGCACAAGUAUUCGCUAUCUGAAGGCAUUGGGCCUGCACCAAACAGGACAGAAAGUUACAGAUGAUAUGUACGCAGAGCAGUCUGAAAAUCCAGAGAACCCACUGCGGUGUCCCAUCAAACUCUAUGACUUCUACCUCUUUAAAUGUCCCCAGAGUGUGAAGGGCAGGAAUGACACCUUUUACCUGACACCUGAGCCUGUGGUCGCCCCAAACAGCCCGAUCUGGUACUCCACCCAACCAAUCAAUAAAGAUCACAUGGAACAAAUGUUGACUCGGAUUCUGACAGUGCGAGAAAUCCAGGAAGCUUUUGCCAUAGCUGCUGCGAACCUGCACUAAACCCUGGAUGUGAACCGAGGAGCGACAUGCACCUUGUGUACUGCGGCAACACACAGAUUAGUGCAGCUUCAACAAAGUCUUUUGGAAGUUUCAGGAAAAUGUCAUCAGAUGUGUAUCUGCGGAUAAUAUAGUUUAAUCGGGUUUCAAUACCAGAUACAAGGAAUCUGGCAAUUACUUUACUCAGUGGGCAAUUUGAUUUUUUUUUUGUUUUGAACCCAUAGCAGCAUUUUGUUGGAUGCAGAAAAUCCUGUCGACAUUUGGAAACCCUGUCAUGAACUCCCAUCGCAAGGAACGCCAGAACCCUCAGGGUGAACUCAUCAUGUGAUUGGUGUAAGACAGGCUUGUUGUAAUACUUCUACCAAUUGCUGACGUAGACUGGGCCUCCACUGAAAAGAAUUGGACAUGAAAAGGAGAAUGAGAAACUGAUGAAGGUUUAUAAAAUUAACAAGCUUUUCAGUACUUAAAAAAAAAAUGAUGUUUUUAGACAGUGACUAGAACUGAAGACGUUUCACACAUCUGGCCUUGUGCAGAGGCCUCAACUCCAGGCAAAGUGCACAGAGGAAAUUAUUGUAAUAUACUCGUGUACCAUUAUAAAGAGACCUUUCUGUU